AUGCAUCCUAAAGCCCCCGAGAAGUCUUCCCCCUCGACCACUACCACCAACGGUCACACCAACGGGCAGACGAACGGCUCCGCAUCCUCUCACGAGUCCUCUGACAAGUACGAUAUGAACUCGCCCUCCACGAUCCGUCAAAAGUUUCUCCCUUACCCUUCCGACCUGGGCGUGGUCCUCGUUGGCUUUUCUGGCGGCCAAUGCAAAGAAGGCGUGGAUGCUGCCCCAACGGCGUUGGUCGACGCAGGGUUGCUCAACCAGCUUCGGGAUGAGUUGGGAUACAAGCUCCACGGGGACAGUGAGGUGCACAAUUUCAACGAGAUCCGCCCGGUGUCCGAUGAGCCGUACAGAGGAAUGAAGAACCCCCGCUCAGUCAGUGCCGUUACGGAGCAACUAGCGGGCCAGGUCUACGAACAAGCUCGCCACGGAAGAAUGGUCUUGACCCUAGGAGGAGACCACUCCAUCGCGAUCGGCACCAUCGCGGGCACGGCCAAGGCCAUUCGUGAACGGUACAAUGGACGCAAAGAGAUCGCAGUGAUCUGGGUCGACGCUCACGCCGACAUCAACACACCCGAGACAUCCGACUCCGGGAACAUCCACGGCAUGCCGGUCGCCUUCGCCACGGGUCUCGCGCAGUCCGACGACAAGGACAUCUUCGGCUGGUUACAAGAAGACCAAAUGCUCUCGACCACAAAGCUUGUCUAUAUCGGACUGCGGGAUGUGGACCGAGGCGAGAAGAAAAUCCUGCGCGACCAACGGAUCAAGGCUUUCUCCAUGCACGACAUCGACCGCCAUGGUAUUGGAAGGGUGGUAGAAAUGGCCCUCGCCCAUAUUGGGACCGACACUCCCAUCCACCUGUCUUUCGAUGUGGAUGCCCUGGACCCCAUGUGGGCGCCCAGCACAGGAACCCCGGUCAGAGGAGGCUUGACAUUGAGAGAAGGAGAUUACAUUGCCGAAUGCGUCCAUGAGACAGGGCAACUGGUGGCCAUGGAUCUGGUCGAGGUUAACCCUGCCUUGGACGUGGCAGGCGCGACGGAAACGGUGAGGGCCGGCGUGAGUCUGGUGAGGUGUGCACUCGGUGAUACCCUGCUGUGA